CAUGCCUCGUACCCAUAUAAUUGGCACAAGCAUACUCUCGUUGGUGUUUCUUGCUGUUUCUUGCUUUCUCAAUCAUCAGCUUUGUCGAUCUUUGACACUUGAUGCUCGCAGAUCCUCGUAAUCCUCUGGCUUCUCUACAUGUUACCGCACCGCCAUGCCUUCUUCAAGUCUCUUCGCAAUCCACUCUUAGCAUCAUCAGCAAAAAUCGAAUAUUUAUCACCGUGCUCGAGCCUCUACGAGGCGACCCUGUCGACCCGGAGCGACGAAACGCACUCCGACCUCCUCGCCCUCUGCUCGAACUCGCAGUCGCUUCGCCGGACCAAGCAAUGCCACGCACUGGGAAUCGUGGGUCGCUCCCUCCCUCGCAGCGUCUCUCUCUGCGCUUCGCUCAUCUUGGGCUACGGCGGUCAUGGGGACAUCGCGGCGUGCCGCGUCCUGUUCCGUCAGACGGUCGUGCAUUGCCACACGGCCUUCUUGUGGAACACCCUCAUCCGGGCGCACUCCGUGUGUGGAGCUCGUGAUGGGUUUGAGACGUACAACGCGAUGAUCAGGAGAGGGGUUCGACCUGACGGCCACACGUUCCCUUUCGUUCUCAAGGUUUGUGCGGAUUUUGUGGAAGUGAAGAAGGGGAUGGAGAUUCACGGGGUCGUGUUCAAGUUGCGUUUCAAUGGCGAUGUCUACGUGGGGAACACUCUUUUGCAGUUUUACGGUAACUGUAGGGAUUUGAGAGGCGCAGAGAAGGUGUUUGUCGAAAUGGCCAAGAGGGAUGUCAUUUCGUGGAAUACUGUUAUUGGAGUCUUUUCGGUGAAUGGUUUGUAUGAGGAGGCGUUUGAGUUUUUCAACAACAUGAAUUCGAGGUCUGGGAUGAGGCCUAAUAUGGUGAGCGUUAUUAGUGUUUUGCCGGUAUGCGCCGGACUCGAGGAUGAAGUCAUGGCGUCUCAGAUUCAUGCUUACACGGUCAAGGUUGGGUUGGUUACAAAUGUGACUGUUGGGAACGCAUUGGUGGAUGCAUAUGCAAAGUGCGGGAAUGCAGUGGCUUCAAGGCAUUUUUUUGACAAGAUGGUUGAGAAGAAUGACGUUUCGUGGAAUGCGAUCAUAACGGGCUUUGCUUAUGGGGAGCGCAAUGUAGAUGCCUUGGAUAUGUUCAGGUCAAUGGUCUCUGAGGAUCUGAAGCCAGACUCUGUCACCAUUUCUACUAUGCUUCCUGUGCUUGUUGAAUUACAGUUGUUUGAUUUGGCGGAAGAGUUGCAUGCAUACAGCAUACGAAUGGGUAUGGAAUCUGAUUUGUUCAUCUCCAACUCACUGAUUGACAUGUACGCAAAGUCAGGCCAUCCAACUAAGGCUUCUACCGUGUUUAACAAAAUGAAGGUCUGCAAUAUAGUGUCGUGGAAUGCUAUGAUUGCUAACUUCACUCAAAACAGGCGAGAGGUUGAAGCUAUAAAUCUUAUACGAGAAAUGCAAGUUCAUGGUGAAGUUCCAAGCUCGUUAAGUUUCACAAACGUGCUUCCUGCUUGCGCUAGGAUGGGUUUGCUUUCUACCGGAAAAGAGAUCCAUGCAAGGACAUUUCGCAUGGGACAGUCCUUUGACGUGUUUAUCUCCAAUGCCUUGACAGACAUGUAUGCAAAGUGUGGCUGCUUGAACCUUGCCAGAAAAGUUUUCAGCAUGUCACAGAUAGAUGAAGUAACAUACAAUAUACUAAUUGUCGGCUAUUCUCAAACUAGUUAUUGCUUAGAAUCUCUUAGUUUAUUAAAAGAAAUGCAAUCUAUGGGUAUGAACUAUGAUAUUGUUUCCUUUGUCGGAGCUAUCUCAGCUUGUGCAAACAUAGCUGCAAUCAAGCAGGGUAAAGAAAUCCAUGGGCUACUGGUCAGGAAACAACUUCAUACGCAUCUCUUUGUUGCAAACUCACUGUUGGACCUAUAUACGAAAUGUGGAAAGAUUGACAUUGCUAGAGAAGUAUUUGACCGUAUGCCACACAGGGAUGUAGCUUCUUGGAACACUAUGAUCAUGGGUUAUGGGAUGCUGGGAGAAAUAGAGACUGCUAUUGACCUUUUUGAAGAAAUGAGGAAUGAUGGUGUGGAAUGUGAUUCUGUUUCAUAUAUUGCAGUCUUAUCAGCAUGCAGUCAUGGAGGGCUGGUGGAGAAGGGAAGGGAGUACUUUAAAGAAAUGCGGUGUCAGAAUCUUGAGCCAACACAGAUGCACUAUGCUUGUAUGGUUGAUCUUCUUGGCCGAGCUGGCCUUUUUGAAGAAGCUCUGGAACUAAUUAAACGCCUAGCCUUUGAACCAGAUGUUAAUAUUUGGGGUGCUUUGUUGGGGGCAUGUCGUAUGCAUGGGAAUAUAGAGUUGGGCCGUUGGGUGGCUGAUCAUCUGUUCAAGUUGAAACCAGAUCAUUGUGGAUACUAUGUACUUCUUUCCAAUUUAUACGCAGAAGCAGGGAGAUGGGAUGAGGCAGAUAGAGUGAGAGAAUUGAUGAAGUCAAGAGCAGUGAAGAAGAACCCUGGUUUUAGUUGGGUUCAGACACGCGAUAAAGUGCAUGCUUUUGUGGUCGGAGAGAAAGUAGAGGAUUUAAAUCCGUUUGUUUGGCUUGCAGAAGCUGGCUAGUAUGUUCUAAAAUGGACAUUAAGAAGAGUGGCACAUCAGCUAGGAUCUCAAAUGCUCACUGCAAAGUCUACCCUGCAACUCAAGAACCAAGGGAAAAGACUGUAAGCGGCCUCUCAAGGUUCUUGCUUUGUUAUUCCCAAAUAAUUACAUGCUGGCGAUCACUAUAAUAGGUCUAAGACUUGAACUACAGCACAAUAGAAAGUGAUAGCAAAUGAUAAUGCAAUGAGAUUACUCUGUUUAGAGACCAUCACUGUCAAUGUUUCCAGAGAACAGCAGAUGAAAGCUUGUUAAAGUACAACAAAUCACUUAACAAAAAGCAAGGGGAACAUCUACCCUGCACGAGAACGGAAUUUACAAUGCCCAUGAAAAUCAAAUGGAUGUGAACCGUGAGAUUUGAGGGAGGAAGCGUCAUUGGGAAUUGGACACUGUGGACUGUAGAAACUGGAGGUAAGCAAUCUGGAUCAAGCUCCCGCCAGGUAAAGCAAACUUACUAGAAAAGGGUGUAACCGAGUUUCAGAUGAGAUGCUUGGUGGGCAUGAGAGCGCAUUCAGGAUCCAUCUCGAUGCGGCACAUGCUACAGCGGUAGGUCAAGACGUUGUCCGAUCUCUGACACGCAACACAUGGUCGAUCGAACACGGAAUCCUUGGCUCGGAGGAUGAGAGGAUGUUGUGGAUGUGAGAAAUGUUGGAUUGCCCGCGGCAAUUGCCCAGCACAUGAUUUGUGAAUUCUGAAGGACGGGCAGUGUUGGCAGGAAUAGCUCUCACUCGAGCAGCAUUUCUUACACGCUGAGCAUAUAUCAUCAUCAUCCACUUCCAUGAGAGCCAAAGGGUGCUUGUGCAAGAAAUACUGAAUUUUCCCCUCUCCGACGAACUCGUAUUUUGAGGUUGGCUCGAGAGCACAAUCGGGACUCAGGGUGAAAUUGCACUCCCUGCACCAAUAGAGAAGCUUGCUGUCCCAUUGGCCGCAGCCGCAGCAAGCGUAUCUCGCUCCACUGAACACCAAAGGCAGAGGAUGGAACGGAUGGAACGGAUGGUGAGUGAUCUUCGGGGGCAACUCAGCACAAGAUUUAUGUAGAUGGAAGUCUGCACAUUCUCUGCAGCUAUACACAAGGUCCAAGCAGGAUCGGCCGCACGCGGAGCAAUU